UUUUCGCAUUCUGUGCAGAGCAGGGCCUGGUCGGAACCGUGGUUAAUCUCCGGUCCUGUUUUUUUCUUUAUACAAAUCGACCAUUAUCGAAUUAAAGAUUUUGAAUCGUGGUACACAAAACAGACUUCGGCCAACAUCUCAGACUGGCUACGUUGGCUAAUGUGGUUUACUUUAGUUUAAAUUCUAGAUAGAUUUUAGCCCAAUAGGAAUUAUUAUUUAGAAGUAUUAAAACUCGAACUCGAUUAAAGCAAUGUAGUCUCUAUUAAGUCGUGUGUUUCUCAGUGUUAUAAGCAGGUUAUAAGGCUUCUUCUGUAACUGUACUCAAUUUUCGUGUAGCGUGUGAAGCGUGAUCUACCUAGCUAAUACAAAACCGUGAUCUAAGGGUAUAUCUUCUAAGAAGAGUAAAUAGACAGAUGUGCAUAUCUCACAUGGCUAGCCUCAUAAAUUCAAGGGAUAUUUCCCCAUGUCUAUUUUAUUUUCAGAAGGGGCCAUCAUAUGAUGGCUUGAUGUGUGAAGGCCUAGAGUACUUAAUGCUCCUUUCGAGCUACACAGAUCCAAUUAGGGUUAGUGCUCUACCAGAAAAUUUCUUGCAACACCCGACUCCCCCCCCCCCACACACACACACAGAGUGUGGCAUCUCCUCAAUUUUCCUGACAUGGCUUGGGAAAAGCCUGGGGUUAUGGUAACAUUCAUUCAACCAUAUUAAAUCGCUGAGAAUUAAACUCUUGUCUCUCGCACAAAGUGCAAGAGUUAUAAGCACUUUGCUUUGCCAUAACACCAACAACAGCAUUUUGCACCAACAGUGAGGCUAAUCACAACAUAUAAAUCAGACUUUGUUCACUUUCAAACUAUAUAGCUAUAUAAAUAGCUAGUUGGAUAUCUUUUCCAGUUGUGAAAACACUUCACUAUUUUUUUUGUUUUGGUAUACAAGGGCAUCUGCUAAACAGGCUCUAAUAAUGUUAAUAUUGAUGUUGAAACCUUUGUGCUUAGGUAAACAUUCUAGGAUCUACUAGAUUAUAUAUUUUUUGGUAACCUGGAUCACACCAAAAUGUUUAAAAUCUACACAAAUAAUUUUUAAAACCACCAUUCUGUUUUAACUUAUUUUGCAAGCAUUUAGCUGUGCAACUUGUUUUUCAAUGAAUCAAUAAAUGCAGCUGUGAAAAAUGAAGAAAGAAAAAAUCAUAAAAAACUUUUCCCUGACUAUAUAUAUAAAACCAACUUGUCUUUUCGUGGAACAUGAGUUUUGAUAUAUUUUUUUGCAGAACUAUAUAUAUAAGUUUUAGAAAAUUGUUUGUUUUAGCAAUUCUGCAAGAUUAGGCAAAAAUUAUUAUGAUUCGCAAAUUUCUUAAACUAAAAUUAAAAUAAAUAUAAUGAAUUUGCAGACAAUGAUGCUUCAAGGUCCGAAAUAAGGCUUCGCGAUUCGCAAUUUACGAACCGUUUCUCAAAAGUAACGAGUCGAUGUAUGAGAAAAAAUUCAAAACAACGAAUCACUUCUUACGCAAUUUUCUAUUCUAUGAUUUUUUAUUUACCACGAUAAUUACUUUUGUGUUAAAAAAUGAAAGAAAAUACAUUCAAUUGCAACAUGUACACCAUGUGGUCAGUUUCUUUUCAAAAGAUGACAUGGUUUCUACAAAGGUAUCACACUUUUAUCAAUUGUGAAUUCAUAAAUGAAAGAAGUAAUUGGUUAACAUAUGAACCAGGUUAAAAAAAUGUUUUUUCGAAAAAAAUGAUCUUUUUCUGAGUUGUUCAUUCAAAGGUUGUCUAUCGUAUGUGAGGUGUAAAUAUUUUUCAUUGAAUAUAUUUAAAUGAUGGCUUCGUUAAAAACAGUCAGAAAUUGGGAAAGAGAAUUCAAAUCUAAAUUCGAUUUCGAUAUUGUUGGAGGCAAAGUGACGACAUUGAGAUGCCAGGUGUGUCAGCGAUGGGAGAGUCGCAUUAAAAACAGUACAAAUUUCUCCCGCAAAUGGAUAGCUGGAAGUCGUAGUGUGACGAAGGAUAGCGUACAAAAACAUACUAACAGUCAACAACAUAAGGAAGCCGUCGAGCUCAAAAAAAGAAGUGAGAUGGGUGCUGAAGUAUAUGCUCAAUCAGUGCUCACAACAACACCUAUCGGAAGUGGUUUACGAAAAAUGGCUGCGAGUGACAAGAAAAACCUUCGCGUCAAAUUCAACACGGCCUAUUAUGUCGCCAAAAAAGAGCGUCCUUUCAGUGACUACCCUGAUUUGCUAAAACUUCAGUUAAAGAAUAAUGUUCCGAAGUUUGGAGAAAGUUAUAAACACGAAAGAGCUGCUGCUACUUUCACCGAACACAUAGCCAAGGUGGACAAAGAAAACCUUGGUAAAACUCUAGCUAAGACACGCUGCUAUUCUCUCUUGAAUGAUGGUAGUACGGACACAGGGAUUUGUGAGCAAGAAUUGGUCUACGUGUUGUACUUGCACGAGGGGACAGCACUCGUUAAAUUUUUAAGUAUCGAGACACCUAAAUGUGGAGAUGCGCCUGGUAUUCUAGAGGUGAUUGACAGUGCUUUCCAGCGUAUUGGCAUAUUGAAUUUCAACCAAAGACUUGUUGGUUUUAAUGCAGACGGCGCUAGUGUAAAUAUGGGAAGAAAAAAAGGAGUUGGAGCAUUAAUCAAGGAAACUGCGCCCUGGGUCGAGGUUGUGCAUUGUUUCAAUCAUCGCAUUGAACUUGCUAUCAAGGAUGCGUUUAACACUGUCAAAGCAUUUCACGAUGUCGACGAGCUUCUACUGAAGCUUUAUUACUUAUAUCAGAAAAGUCCCAAAAGGCUUCAGGGACUCAGAAACUUCUCUGAAGCAUUCGAUGAAACAAUUCCGAAGCCUGCUAAAGCAUGCGGUACUCGUUGGAUAUACCAUAAGUUCAAAGCGAUGGUAUGUGCUCUUCAAAACUACGGUGUGUAUAUGACCCACGUAGAGGAAUUAGCUAUCACAGAUUCACAGCCUGAAAAACGUGCUGAGCUCAAAGGUUUUUUGAAAAAAUGGAAAGAGGCUGCCAUUCCAUUCAAUAUGGCUAUUUACUUAGAUAUACUAUCCCCGAUACGUCGUUUGUCUUUGAGCAUGCAGUCUGACGAGCACGAUCCUGUCAAACAAGUUCGGCGUAUCCAGGAAUUUACUGCGACCAUGGCCAAAUUGAAAAUAAUUUUAUUAGAUACCCUGGACGGAAGUAGUGAUAUAAUGACACAUCACAAGCGCUUCACAGAUGAGGUUAUUAAUGACGAAGAUGGAAGUGCAACGUACCAAAACAUUAAGCUUUUCCGAUACGAUAUAGUAAACAGCAGCGCUGAGACGAAAUAUCAUGAUCUUAUCGUUCGUCUCGCUGACAGCAUGGAAGAGAGGUUCGAAAAUUUGUCAACAUCGACCAUCUUCAAAAAUAUCGUCUGUUUACUUGAUGUUUCAACAUGGCCAACUACUGUCACUCCUACUUUCGGGGAAGAUCGCAUUGAUGAAAUUCUUUUGGAUUUCGAAAAGCUGUUGGAAAACAACGGAUGUAACGUAGGCGAAGUAAAAAAAGAAUGGAUCUCUUUACAAUCUCACAUCAUCCCUAUUGUGAUUAAUAAUCCUCGAGAGUACUACUUGAAAGUAUGGAAGAGGGUUUUCACAAACGAACACAUUCGUAAGGAUUGUGAAAACAUCCUUCACAUCAUUGAAAUAUUGCUUUGUACCCCAUUCACGAAUGCCAAAGUGGAGCGAGGCUUCUCCAGGAUGGCUAGGGUGAAAAGUGAUUUUCGAAGCCAUCUCAGCAGGGACAUGCUCGACGCUUGUUUGCGAAUAAAUGAGGAUGGUCCAGAUAUUUGUAAUUUUGACCCUGAUCCAGUCAUUGAUCAUUGGUAUACGGAAAAAGUGCGACGACUUGGAUCAUCGUCGCACAAGUAUCCUAAAAAGAGAAAAUCUACAACUACAACAAGCGAUAGAGUGCAGGUUGAUGACUUAGCCUCACUUGCACUCUCUGAUAUCGACUCUGAUGAAGAUGAAGCAUGAAAUCAUUUUGUACAUUUAUUUAAAAACAUUAAAAUAAAAAACGUAACUGUUCGUUAUAAUUUUUCGUAUCAAAACAAAUCAUUCUUGAGGUAUUUAUAUUGCACAAUUGUAAAUCAAAAUUUGGCUGUAGACAAGAAAGUUAAGGCUGAUAGUGUCACAUUACGUUGUCGCUAAAAGCUAUCGUGUUUGGGGUUCACGAUUUAAAACGUCCCCCACUUGUCUAUUCUAAAAGUAACGUGUGCAAAAACAGAAAAUAGCGAAUCGUAACCGUAAGAACGACUCGUGAUUUCUAAAAAAUUUUCGCCUGCGGCGCGCUAUUUUUCACGAAUCACUUAUAAAUUUUUAUUUCGGACCCUGUGCUUUAAUAAUGUUUACUUCUGUCUGUGAUAUGUGAUAUACAAUUUUUUGUUACAUUAUAUAUACACAUUAUUUUUUAUAGAAAUUUUUGCAAAAUUUUUCAUGAAAACCAUUUCGAUUGCAGGCAUUAUAUAUUUUGUACUUUCUCACAAGAGAUAAAAUAAUUUCUUCACUAAGUUUGUUUGUUUGUUUGUUGUUUUUUUUAUUUGUACUGGGGAGAAUGAGGAGGUCAUAAGCGAUUUGCCACAAGACACUAAAACAUAAAAUACUAAAUCACACAAGUUUUCAAACUGUAAUUAAAAUGUAUAUAUAAAAAUUAUUUGAAAAUAAUUGUAGGCCAUGUAGUAAAUUUAACCUUCCAGAUGCUUUGCGAUAGGAUAAAUCGAAAUUACAACACAUAUUUAACGACGCUUUGUUGAGUAAACCAAGAUACUUGUAGGUAGAUGUUACUCCUACAAUUUGACAAGCAUAGGUUAUAUUAAAAAAGCUACUCUGUUUUAAAAGAUUAUUCUUCGAACCAAACAACAUAGCUUCCAUUUUUCUGGCUCCAUUUCUGUUCUAGUUUUCUAGUAUUAUCAAAGAAAUUGUUCUUAAUGGGUUAAAGAUUUGAAUUCAGGUGAUUCUAACAAUAAAUUUGUUUGGGAGAGGAUACUACAAUUCCAGGGGUUACCAAUCCAAUGCAGUGUUUUUCACUGCAUUAGUCAGGUAUUUUGAGAGCUAUGGCUAAAUUAGAAAACAUAGAUGUACCAGAGCAAGGUUAAACACUACCAUCUAAAAAUGCUAUUACUAUAUUCUUACCAAUAAUGCCAAGAAUCAUUGACCGUAAAACAACAAAUUAGAACAACAGGAUUUAAAAUUACAGCAAUUGUUUUUUGUAUUUUUAAAUUAUAUUGACCACCAUCCACUACAACUUUAUGCUUUAACUUCUAAGUUCACUUAAACAACAUUACUAGACUAAAUUUGAAUAAAUAAGUGUUGAAUUCUUAAGCUAUAUAUCUCUGAUAUGUCCAAACACUUCAACAUUGUGGUGUUUUAUUUCUGUGUAUAUUAUAUUUCGUACCUAUAGGUGCAAAUAUUUAAUUUGGUAUGGACAUUGUACCAACCGAAACAUCAAAUAAUAAAAAUCACAAUAGUCAUCCAGAGAAAAGCAGAGGCUGUGAAAAGGAAAGAGAAUCUCGCAGUAAAGAAAGGGAAGAUUUUGAUAGGUGGACUUACGUUUUACAAGGCCACCUCAUGUUUUUCGAAAGUUUGAAACAUUGUUUUAGUUAUUAUUAUGGAAAAAUUAGUUUAACCGAUGGAACCCCAGAGUACGAACUCAGAGCACGUAAAGCAGCUUUUGAGGAAGAAAUUGAUCACUUAAGAAGAGCACAAGAACAAGUAACAAAAAUUCGUUAUCAUAAGGUGCCGAAAUUAUUAAAUGAUUUAAAAGAACAUAGUUUAGACUUAAAAAGACAUUUAUGUGUGAUCAAUGUUGCGUUGGAAACAAAGGCCUUGGAAGCUAAGCCAUCCAAACAUAUAACUGAGGACGAGGAGUUGUAAGUUUCUGCAAAAAAGCAAGUAUUUACUGUGAAACCGUUUAAGUUAGCUAAAUGAAUGAUUGUUUGAAGAUUUUAAAAAUGUUUACAUUGUCUAAAAGUUCAUCACAAAGUCAAAGAUAUAUAUAAUGGGGUAAAAUGUUUGUGUAAUUUUGAAGGGGGCAGUAAAUGUUAUAUAAUACAUGUUAUAUUAAUAUGGUUUUUUUUUGUCGUAAAAAUCUUUUUUUUUUUGUUAGCUUUGUUAAAACUGCUUAAUUUGAAAGUGAUAAGAGAUUUUUAUCAGGUAUUUAGCACCAGGAAGAAAUUAAUUAAGAAUUAAAAAUUUGAAAAUAAGAAAAAUGACCUGACUGUUCUUUUAAAAUUUAAUAGAGUUUAUUUCAGGAAUGGCAAGAUUUUGAUUUAACCGAGUAGACAAAUUGUUGGCUAAUUUUAACAUUUUUUUUCACCCUAAAUGAGUCCUUAUCAAACGAAAUUUUGAAAAUUUAGAUAUUUUCCCCAAAUUAAUUCUUCUCUACAUUUUUGAAAGCUUUCUAGUUAAUAUAAUUGAUUUUUGUAUAUCAAGAAUUUUUUAUUAAUGAAUACCCCCUUACCAAUUCUCCCCAACUAAUAUAUACAUGUCAUAUUUACAAAUAUUGUCAUGGCUUUAAAAGUUAAAUCACAUCGCCCUUAAAAGUUAAAUCACAUCGCCCAAAAAUAUUUAAACCGAAGCUUUUAUAUUCAUAGUGUAUAUAUUUAUAUUGUAUUUAUAUUUUAAGUUAUGCCGAAGAUGCUAUGGUAGUAUGAAUUCAGCAA